AUGCCUUUCACCAAGCUCGUCAAGAACAGCGCUUACUUCAGCCGGUAUCAGACCAAGUUCAAGCGUCGCCGGGAGGGAAAGACCGACUACUAUGCCCGUAAGCGUCUGAUCACACAGGCCAAGAACAAAUACAAUGCGCCCAAGUAUCGCAUGGUUGUCCGCUUCACCAACCGUGACAUCAUCACCCAGAUCGUCACUGCUGAAAUGACCGGUGACAAGGUCUUCGCCUCUGCGUACUCCCAUGAGCUCAAGCGCUAUGGUAUCAAGCACGGCCUGACCAACUGGGCUGCCGCCUACGCCACCGGUCUCCUUCUCGCUCGCCGCGCGCUCAAGAAGCUUGGCCUGGACGAGGACUUUGUCGGUGUCGAGGAACCCGAGGGCGAGUACAGCCUCACUGAAGCCGCUGAGACCGACGAGGGCACCCGCCGCCCCUUCAAGGUCGUUCUCGACGUCGGUCUACAGCGCACUUCAACCGGUGCCCGUGUCUUCGCCGCCAUGAAGGGCGCGUCUGAUGGCGGCAUCCUGAUCCCCCACUCCGAGAGUCGUUUCCCUGGCUACGACAUCGAGACCAAGGAGCUGGAUGCGGAGACUCUGCGCCGCUACAUCUUCGGCGGCCACGUGGCUGAGUACAUGGAAACCCUUGCCGACGACGACGAGGAGCGCUACAAGUCCCAGUUCCAGAAGUAUAUUGACGACGACGUUGAUGCUGGUGAUCUUGAGGAGAUCUAUGCUGAGGCGCACAAGGGUAUCCGUGCCGAUCCGUUCAAGAAGGAUGAGGAUGCUGGACCCAAGAAGACGAAGGAGGAGUGGAAGGCCGAGAGCUUGAAAUAUCGAAGCAAGAAGCUUACUCGUGCUGAGAAAGAGGCACGUGUACAGGAGAAGAUUCGGGAGUUGGCAUAA